AUGAGCACGUUCGGCCGCUUCUUCCGCGUCACGACGUUCGGCGAGUCGCACUGCAAAGGCGUGGGCUGCAUCGUCGACGGCGUGCCGCCCUCGCUCGCCCUCACGGAGGCGGACAUCCAGCCACAGCUCACGCGGCGCCGCCCCGGGCAGAGCACCCUCACGACGCCUCGCGACGAGAAGGACCAAGUGACGGUCCUGAGCGGGACGGAGAACGGAGUGACGCUCGGCACACCAGUGGCGCUGUUCGUGCCCAACGAGAACGUGCGUCCGAACGACUACAAGGAGAUGGACUCCGUCCCGCGUCCUGGCCACGCCGAUUACACGUACCAGAUGAAGUACGGCACGCGCGCCAGCAGUGGCGGCGGGCGGGCCAGUGCACGCGAAACGAUCGGCCGCGUGGCUUCGGGUGCCAUUGCCGAGAAGUGGCUCAAGGAAAAGUUUGGCACGACGAUCGUGUGCUGGGUGAGCUCCAUUGGCUCAGUAAACAUGCCCCGGGCCCUGCUGGACGACCCGCAGCAGACGAAAUACACUCGCGACGACGUCGAUACGAUCGGAUCGAUUCGGAUCGUACGGGACCCGUCAACGUGGCACAAAGUCGACGACCCCGCGAAGCAAUUGGCGCUUGACAGGGCCUACGACGCUGCGUUCGUAUCGGCCCACGACGACCUGCGCACACCGGCGUACGUUGACACGGAGAAGCGCGUGUACAAUCGAGAGGGAGACGUGGUGCCGGCGCCCGACAACAUGGACGCGUGGCUCACGGACGACUUGAUCCCCGUGCGAUGUCCGCAUCCGCCGUCGGCUUGUGCCAUGGCGACGGUGGUGCGCACGAUGAAGGUCGAGGAAGACUCGACGGGCGGUGUCGUCACGUGCGUGAUCCGUGAUGCGCCCGUGGGGCUGGGCGAGCCCUGUUUUGACAAGAUGCAGGCUGUUUUGGCACACGCCAUGAUGUCCAUUCCAGCGACCAAAGGCUUUGAGAUUGGCUCGGGGUUUUCGGGAACGAGCAAACGCGGCUCGGAGCACAAUGAUCCGUUCUGCGCGGGCGUCGACGCGGAGAACCCGGAGAAGCUCGGGGUCACGAAGAACGACGCGGGCGGUGUGCUGGGCGGCAUCACGAGCGGCGCUGACAUUUACUUUCGUGUGGCCAUCAAACCCGUCUCGACGAUCGGACGCGCUCAGCCGACCGUCGACUACGAUGGCAACGACACGGUCCUAGAAGCCAAAGGUCGUCACGACCCGUGUGUUCUGCCCCGCGUGGUGCCGCUGGUGGAGUCGAUGGCCGCACUUGUUAUCGCUGAUGCCGCUAUGAUUCAGCUGGGCCGCGACGGCAGUAAGCAGGACGAGCCGGUGCAGAAGAAGCGGAAGCUGUGA